AUGGGCCCGAAGUUCGGUUUCCUUUCAGCAGCUUGCCAUCACUCAGUGUUCCGUAGACAGGCGGUAUAGCAAGAACGCGUCAAAGCAAAGGACCAAGACCUGCGGCCGGUGUGUGUUUGGUCGGCUCGCCCUCGCAGUUUUCUAGUUGUUGAGAUCUAGUUGAGGAGUGCGUUUUACGUCGAAGGUGAAAACAGAACAAUCUCGCGUGUGCAACUGCUACUCGGUGCUAUUGAGACAGUGUGAGUGCGCGCGUGUAGGCGCAUUCGGCCUUCAGUGUGCUAGUCGCGCUGACGACGGCAGAGGUGUCCUUCUGGUACAUGGCGACGGGCACGAAGACUUCGUGCGAGGAAGAGAUCCCUUCGCCUUGGGUGUGAGGUGGCAAGGACCUAGGGGGUUGCAGGGAGAGAACGAAGACGCGAGUUCCUUUCGGGUGAUUUCUCUCUGGACGUGACUGUGUGUUGUGUGGAUGUUAUUGUUUUUUGCUGAAACGAGUUCGUGAGUGUUUUGUGUAUAUCGUGUGUGCAUGUCACUGUCUACACGGGCUGUCGACGACGAGGUACGACCUGUGCUUGCUUGUGUGUGACAUGCUCCUGACGGCAGGCUGCUGGCGAGAGCGCGCGGGUCGUCAUCAUCAAACCGGGAGCAGCGAACGUGUUGUGUCGCUCUCGUCAUGUCAAUGAUGUGAUGUCCGUGUGGAAGCAAAGAGCUCGUCAAAGUCCGGAGCGCGCUUCACAGCAUCAGUCAAAUCCGCGGUGAAAGGACGAAGGACAAAAGCAUCCGCCAGCAGUACGGCGCCAAACAGUGGCUAGUGUAGAGGUGUGUUGUGGUAGAAGAACAAGAAGAACUACAACGACAUUAGCACCAGUACAGAACAACACAGUUCAGUCAAUUCACAGAGUCUAGCACAUAGUGACAUCUUUUGCCAGGAAUUGGCAGCUAGAACCUUCUCCGCUGGCCACCGGCCCGAAGAGAGACGCUACUGUGGUGUAUCGUGCGAUUGCCGAACAGCUCAAUCCAAGAAAAGAUAUCAUGAGCAAAAUGUGUCCCCUCGUGUUAUGUGCGCUGGUAGUGUUCUGUCGAAUACGCGAGUGUUCGCGACCCGGUCGCUUCUUGUAAUCAUCAUCCUUCACUCACAUUGGCUGCCUGUAUGCAAACAGCAGCACCUGUGCUCGUCAGUCCGCAAGGCAAACAUGAAAUCUUAGCACCGAAGUGAUUAAACAAAAUUCGUUCACCCAAAACCAGUCGUCACAAAGUGUCGCAGUCGUUGUGGUGUUAAUCGAAGUGAAAGUAUACCGCCAGAGUUCGAAACUCGAAGAGCAUAACGUAACCAAGAAGAUAACAGAAAAUGUGCUGAACCCAACAAACGAACGAAGACCAGUUAAGCUUCCCGCGAACCUAGUUCCCGAUCCAUCAGUUUUGAUUUUCCUGGAGUAACCGGUCAGAAGAAAACGUUUCAAAAAUUGAGAACCAAAAUCUCCCAUCAAUGAUGCUCCACGAGGCAGUAAUGUUGGAAAUCUACCGUCAGGCACUUCACGCUAGUGAAAUGGCCAGCCCUAGAUGCCAAUCGAGGGAGUCAUCCGGCGGUGGACGUUGCCCCUCGGACGAAUCGAUUCGCUCCGAGGGCGACCGGGACGGACAGAACUCCGGUGCCAACGUGAGCCCGGUUUCGAUCACGCUCCCGCCCACCCUCGCGCCAGCAGCCGCCGCCGCCCUCCUGCCUCAGCAUUCAGCCGCCAUGGCCGCCUAUCUCAACGUGGCGGCCGUAGCGGCCCAGCAGAACCGACUGCUGCUAGGAUCCCCGCUGGCCGGACUAGCAGCCGCCCGCAACGGCUCACCGCCGAUUCUACCUCCGCUGGCGUCCCCGACCGACGAGAGCGACGAUGCCGUGUUGGACUUUAGCAAAAAGCGAUCCGACAGUGGUACGGCCGACGAGGACGCUAACAGUGACUGCGACGAAGGGGACGCUGUGAACCUGAGCGGGAAAUCCGGCGAGAACAGCCCGCUGGAUCUGUCGGUUAGCACCCGGAAACGAUCCGGUGAUGACUCGGAAUCGCCUCCACCAAGGAAAGCUCCACGAUCUCUGGAAUACAAACCACCAAUAGUUAGUCCUUGGAGUUCACCUGUUGGUCCACAGCUUCCGUACUUUGCCGCAGCCGUUGCAGCUGCCAGCAUGUCUCCCAAGAACAACCACUCAGACUGGAACGGCAAACACAAAGGUGUCGUCAAUGAAGCCGCUAAAGCCUUAGAAAAAAUGACCGAAAUGAGUCGUUUGGGUGGGGAUGAAAUCUACAGGCCGUCGAACAAUAACGCUGGAGGUGGUGGAGGAGCUACCGCUGGCGGUGGCCGCCAUAGUGCUUGGCAGUCCCACUGGCUCAACAAAGGUGCCGACUCUGCCAAGGAUGUGCUAAAAUGCGUUUGGUGCAAGCAGAGCUUCCCUUCGCUAGCUGCCUUGACAACUCACAUGAAGGAAACCAAACACUGCGGAGUUAACGUUCCUCCCGGCACGGGAAUGCCUCAACAGCCCAUCCAGCAACAACCACCGAAUUCGUCCGUUCCCAACAGCGGUAGUAGUGCUUCCAACAAACCAACACCCAGUGAACUGAAUCUAUUAAUUAAGGAAACUAUGCCUCUCCCAAGGAAGUUGGUCCGCGGCCAAGAUGUUUGGCUUGGAAAAGGAGCUGAACAGACUCGACAAAUUCUGAAGUGCAUGUGGUGCGGUCAAAGCUUCCGUACUCUGGCCGAAAUGACCACUCACAUGCAACAGACGCAACACUACACCAACAUAAUCUCGCAAGAACAAAUCAUAUCCUGGAAAUCAACGGAUGACAAACCCGGAGGCCCUCCUGGUCCCAGCGGUGGAACCACGCCAGUACCUCCGGGAGCACCUAAUGCUCCACCUGCGCAAGCAAACAGUCACGUAAGCGCAGUGCUGACCUGCAAGGUUUGCGAUCAAGCAUUCUCCUCGCUAAAGGAACUCAGCAAUCACAUGGUCAAGAACGCCCACUACAAGGAGCACAUCAUGCGUUCCAUCACGGAAACUGGUGGCCGACGUCGACAGACACGAGAGAAACGAAAGAAGUCUCUUCCUGUACGCAAACUUCUCGAAAUGGAACGCGCUCAGCAUGAUUUCAAAAAUGGCGAAAAUCCAGCGGUGAACCCCGCUGCCAACAAACCAAUCCGUGACAUGGGAGCUGGCAAAAUCACCUGUGAAAAGUGCAAUGAAAAGAUCGAAACCACCAUGUUUGUGGACCAUAUCAGGCAGUGCAUUGGUGGAACGGCCAUCCUCCAAGCUCAGCAGCAGCGAGAGAAACUCAAGAAUGCCCUCCUGUCCAAUACGAUCAUCCCUCCGGACUCGAUCAGCCCAGUGACACCCACCAGCCGGGAUGGUAGAAAAUCAGUGGGGGAUGAUCUGUCCUCACCGCUUUCCCUGCAAAAGUCACCCAUGCCGGCGGACCUGUCUUCUCCGGCGUCAGCCAAGAAAGACGGAGAGAAAAGUUCUUCCCCAUCAGUACUGAACGCAAUAGAACAACUAAUUGAAAAAAGUUUCGAUACUCGAUCGAGGCACCCCAAUGCCAACUUCGGUAACAACAGUCAAAGCACUACCCCAUUGGGAUCAAGCAUACUAAAAAGGUUGGGAAUCGAUGAAAGUGUAGACUACACUAAGCCCUUGGUGGACCCACAGACAAUGAACUUGUUACGAACGUACCACCAGCAGCAAUACGUGGCACAGUUCGGAAGACGAGAACGAAGUGGAAGCGAAUCUAGUUCCAUUUCGGAACGAGGAUCGAGCCGAGUGGAUUCCCUAACCCCCGAUAAGAAAUUCGACACAACCGGCCACUCAACGCCAAGAGGAACACCGGAAAAACAGUUUAUGGAUGAUCAUAACAACAGCGACGGCCAAGGAUCGAUCAACAUCAAACGGGAGAUGCAAAGUGACGACGAAGAUGAAGCGGACAAACAUGAACCACCGAAAAUCAAAAUCAAAAAGGAACUCGACGACGAUGACGAGGAAGGGCCGAUGCGACCACCGAGCAAAUCACAUGAGGACGUGUCCGAUAUGGAGAAGGAAAUGAAGCGGAGGAGUAGUGUUGCGUCAAGUCCUGCACCAAGUCCACGUCUAUCGACGGCAAGCGUACCGUUGAGUCCAUCAGCUAGUCCAAUCAGUGAUCAUCAUUCCAUUGCCUCGAGAUCAACGCCGGGAGGAGCGGAAGCGAGUGGUGGUGGCGCUGGUAAGAAGACAUCCAGUGCGAGUGUAAGCAGCAGUUUGGGAGCGUUAUCUUCGAUGUUCGAUAGUCUGACGGGGGCGAAUAGUUCGGGCAACGUGGAGUCGGGAGGAUCGGGUAAAAAGUCCAGUGCUCAUCCUUUGGCGGCUUUGCAGAAGCUUUGUGAUAAGACGGAAACUACUCCCAAUGCAAGAGGAGGAGCAAGCAGUGCACUUCUGUCGGCCACUACAAAUGCUCCCGGGAGCAGGACUGCUCCAGGAGCGAUACUGGCGUUCAGCUGGGCUUGCAACGACGCGGUAGUUUCGGAUGAAUCGGUGAUCAAGUGUGCCUAUUGCGAUACGACGUUCACCUCGAAGGGAGCCUACCGGCAUCAUCUAUCGAAAGCUCACUUUGUAAACGAUGACGUGAUUCCUGAUCCAAAAGGUUCGUCGAUGAAGCCGGGCUCCCCACUUUCGCCCAAAUCUACCGGCAGCGGGGUGACAGGUGGUGGCGGUCGUGAUAGUGUAAAUCGGUCCGACGGAGGAGGUACACCAAUUCCACCGAGCAGUGGCCUCGGCAACAGUGGGGGCGGUAACAGUAGUGGGAAUGGACAGGCGAAGAGUCCACCUCCGGCGCAGUCACCGGCGGCAUUCGACGAAAGUCCGCACUCCAAGUUUCUCAAGUACACCGAACUGGCCAAGCAAUUGUCAUCCAAAUACGUCUGACAUUCCUAAGUUUGCAUACGCGCUCCUCUUGGCAAAAACCCGGUAGGUUUGUUUCGUUUUCCUGUUGUGCUGUAUUUUUUAUGUAAAUAUAAUCCGCUGAAUUGUCGGAACGAUGAUGGACGGCUAGCGAGAUAGAGCAAGAGGGUAUGGUUUGUGUACGAAGAAGGCGAAGAAGCAAACGUCGCAAAGAAAUUGUUCGAGUGCGAGCGAGAGGGGGAAAAUCGAAGAAAACGAGGCAGUAAAUAAAGUAUUUAUGUGUGUAUCCAUUUCUGCUAUGGGUGCGUUCAAUAACCACUUGAAGGAAUGUAAACGACGAAGGAACGGAUCAAAAGGAGACGGAAAGAGCGUGUGGGAUGGUAGGGUCACCGGUCCGUGCGGCAGUGAUCAACAACAGAAGCGGUAAAGCCGACGGGAGCAGGUUUUUUCUUCUCUUCUAUGUGCGAUUCGAGGCGGCCUCUUUAGAAGUGUUGGUGAAUCUCUUUUUUCCGCUUCUUUUAAAUCACUCGCUUUAAUGACUUUUAUAUACACAUCAGCAGCUCUUGCCAUCAUCAGUAGUGACGAUGGUGGCCGUUGUAUGUGAGAAGAAACUCCAACACAAGCAAGUGAACGACGUACGAAGCAAACGAGGGCACAUCAACUGCUACUGCACACACAACUCUCAGAGGAGGGAACACAAAGUAGAGCGAGGCACAACUCGUUACAGUGUGAGUUUGGCCCGAGAGUGCAGUUUUGAUUUUUUUUGUUUGUGCUGUGCGAGAAGGAGGACGGAGAAGAAAUCAAUCAAGAAAAUAAAACCAACGUCAGCGAAAUAUCUUGGCCGUGUGGCUGGGCUUGUGUUCCCGUUGAUGGGUGGAAGAUGGAAAGGGUAAAAUACAGACAGAAAGCCAUCAGAAGGCCGUUCGCUGGUUGCAGAAAAAACAAAAUGGAGUUUGCAUGGGGCUUUAGAAAGAUGGGACAAGCCUCGCGGGCUUCGAUUGCUUCUGAUUCAGCAAGUUGGCUACAUAUUGACAUACAUGUAACUGAACCGUCUCAUUUGCACUCGAAAAAUUUCUGUACUUGUUUAUGUGAUCUUUUCAACUCUUUUUGUAGGAGGAAAUUACACACUAAACAGAUGGUAGAUUUCAUAAUUCCAUUUCCACAUGUGAUUACACAUAUCUUGAAGACAGCAAAUUGGAAACGCAAAAAUUUUAAAUUUUUCGCUACUAAGAACUUCGCGGUGUUCCUGCGAGCGCAUAAAAUGUAAAACAUUUGGCAAGAAAUCGUAAACAAAACAUAAACCUUCUGUAAGAGAUGCCAUUUCAUUGGUUUUGUUUUCAUUUGGAAAAAAUGUGUAUUUGAAUGUAAAAAGUAAUCCAGCUAUACGAGUCAUGAAAAACAUACGAACAGAAAAAAAUCUUUAGAAUCUCCUCUUAAGUAGUACCAGCGAAAGUAAACAUAAAGAAUCAAGCUAUACGAUGAACGAAACACAAACUAAUAAGAUCCAACUAGAAACCAUUGUGAGUAAUUCUGCAUGAAGCAAAAUAUGUUAAAAUUAUUCAAUUUCAAUCGAAAAUUUGGUAUACGUAAUUUACACUGGAAAACAAACAUAAGUAUUAUAUUAUCACUUCCGACCCUAAUGGAACAUAAUUACACGAUAAGCAGCUGUAACCAGCCACAGUAACAAAAUUAUACGAAAUUGAAACUUUUGGUAUACGGAGUAAAAAGACGAAAAUCCUGGAAAUUGAGAAAAAAAAUAUCCGGUAUUCAGUUACGAACCAGUGAACCUAAUCGAAAAAGUAUUAUAGCAUACUCAUUGCGUGCCAAAAUUCAGUAUACCUAUAACCACGAAAGAAGCUUAAGCAACUCUCUUUCGUGUAGCAAAAACAAGCAAAUCUAAAGUCAAAACAACCACAAGCUUCGUUUUCCACCACAUGCAGAUAGUAGUAUAAAAAGCUUUGUUCAACAACGUCACAGAUUGCUACACAACUAAGAGCAACUCACUUCAAUUGCUCCCAGAUUUGCAUUUAUUACGUGUUAAUAUUUCUGUUUUCUUUUUUAUUUUGUUUUCUGUAACGCUAAAGCGAAAAUGUUGUGAUUUCUGUAAAUAGUAGAUUGCUUUCACAUCUUGUACAGAGUGUAAGUCAUUCGCAAAAUUAAUAAGUUUUUGUUUGAUUCUGUUAAAUUGCAAUUUUAUUGUAAAACUCACAAAUUGACUAUUCCGUGAAAUGCGAUGUAAAUACUAACUAGACGUACACCUUGAGAACACUUUUCUACUACCUUAAUCAGAAGCGAAAGAAAAUAUAUUAAAGGAAAACAACGUACGGACUUUGAAGUAAUCAUUUGAUUGGACACAUAAAACAGCUUAGAAACACACAAUUUCAAACGUUGUAGACACUAAUGAACUAAAUACUGCGUAGGAUUAAAUGAAAAGUAAAACAAUAAAGCCACACAAACUCGUAUUUAUUGAAAUUAUUAACUUCUCUCCGAUGGAAGUUGUUACACCUUAAAUAGUAUUAUAGAAAAACAAUGCGCUAACGCCAACAAUACGAGUGAACAGCAUGCAACGUCGUAUACGGAUACAAAAAGAUCCAACUACAUCAGUAUACUCGUGCAACACACUAAAAUCAAAUCGAUGAUACGAAACCCUAGAAAAUAGUUUACAAAAAAAAACACAGUCAUCUUGAUAAGUCGAACGGAACUACAAGUACUAAAAUGGUAUACGUAAUUAUGGAAAGGGAAUGAAAGAAAACGAAUCAAUUCGAAAAUCUGAGAUGUCAAAUUGGAAAAUUGUAAAUUUUGGACGAUAAAAUAGAACGUUAGCAUUAGCAAUAAGCUCUGGGGAAUUCCCAUCAAACUAUUCAAAGAAUCUGAACUUGGAUGGAGUUCGAUUCUCAUCACUUAAAAUCAAAUGAAUAAUAACGAGUAAAUAGAAACCAGUGUAUUUAUAGUGAUAUCACAUUACAAACAACAAAAAAAACGCUGCAUUGAUGAGAACAUUUGAAAAUGCAAAUAAAUUAUUGAAUAAAAAAAAUGGUACGCAGAAUAAAACCGUUCAUUUAAACAUGCAAGCGAUCAAUUUCCGAAUGCUAUGGCAAAUCGAUUUCAUCUGACUGUUAUCUUUUUCCUCUUAUCCAAUCAUCCUUCGUUGAAAAGCUAGAAUUGGCGGUAACGGAAUCCACGAUUUGUUAUUGUAUGAUGAUAACUAAUGAAUUAGUUUUUCUUUUCUUCGUAACGUAAACCACAACAACCGCAGAUUGAUUUUUCCAGUGAUACGGUAAUCGAUUUCCUUGAGAGGAAUCCGAAAAAAACCAGCGUAAGAAAAAAUACACCCACUAAAAGUAAAACAAAAUCUAUAAAUAUAGAUAUAAAUAUAUAUUAUACGAGAUAUAAAUAUCAAUUAUUAUUUAAAUGCAAUUUUUAAAAAUUUUAAAAAAGGAAAGCUCAAAAUAAAAAUAUGUAUAUGUUAAAAAUUUCAAACAAA